AUCGGUAAUUGCUCAUCCCGAUAACACCGCGUUGAAAAUACCAAUAAAAAAUAUAAAUUCCAUUUACCCUCUUUAUAAAACUUUUUAUUUAUCAAAAAAGUUGAUCUAUAUUUAAAAAUGUCGAAAAUUAUAGAAAUACCAGUACAUGCACAGAAGUUGUUGACUAUAUUUAGAACAAUUAUACCCAAACUGAGCAAUGGAAAGUAUAAAGGUCAAUAUGGUCGAAUUGGUGUCAUUGGGGGCUCUCUGGAAUAUACUGGAGCUCCAUACUUUGCAGCAAUUACUGCUAUGAAAGUGGGAGCAGAUUUAUCACAUGUGUUCUGCCAUACUAAUGCAGCGGCAGUGAUUAAAUCGUAUAGCCCGGACUUAAUUGUACACCCAGUCCUGGACCGUGAGGAUGCUGUUGAAGAAAUAAAGCAUUGGUUGGAACGAUUACAUGUUAUAGUAAUUGGACCAGGCUUAGGGCGAGAUCCUAGCAUUCUUAAAACUACAACAGAUGUCAUUAAGCUUUGUCUGGAAAUGAGAAAACCAAUUGUCAUAGACGCAGAUGGGUUGUUCAUACUAAAUGAUAAUAUCGAGCUAGUAUGUGGAAAACGAGAUGUGAUCUUGACACCUAAUGUAAUUGAAUUCGAAAGAUUGUUUGGGAAGGAUACCGCGACGGCACACGAAAAGAUGUCAUUACUCGGUGAUGGGGUUGUGGUGCUUGAAAAAGGUGCCCAUGAUAAAAUUCACAUACCCCAUACUAAUGAAGUAUACACCAUGCCAAUCGGUGGAUCAGGACGUCGUUGCGGUGGCCAGGGCGAUUUGCUUAGUGGAUCCCUAGCAACUUUCUUUUAUUGGUCUUUGCAAUCAAACCAACCCAAUCCAGCAUAUUUGGCGGCUUGUGCCUCUAGCUAUUUCGUUAAGAAAAUAAAUUAUGCAGCAUUUCAAAAACUAGGCCGUAGCUUGGUUGCUAGUGAUAUGAUAAAUGAAAUAUCCUCAGUCUUUAAAACUGAGUUUGAAAAUUCGAGCUCUGAUUAGUAUAUAUAUAGAAUUAACAACCAGUGUAAUUAUCGAUGUUUUCUGGCUUAGAGACCUAUUAGUCCGUAACGGCCAAUCCCAUUGAAAGGUUACGUUAACAGUUUGUUACUAAUUCUGUUGAAUAAUUAUAUAAGUAAGAAAUUACCCAGUGACUGAUAUUAAAUAUUUAUGAAUUUAUAACCCAUAGAGACAAUAUUAAUUAGUUAGAUCGUUAAAAGUCAAGUUCAUUUGUCUAGUGCUUAAUAAAUACUAGUAUUAAGAAUUAGAUUGUCAAGGUGUGCCAAGUAAAUUUUACCAAAGUUGGAAAUAAUUUAAUUUACCUUUUUAAAGUAUUGACAUUAGCUUUUCUUAUCAAAAGAAAUACGAAACAGUUCGAACAUAAUAAAAUUAUAAAUUAAACAAUA